GCUUUAUGUUUUCCUGCAACUAAAACCGAAGCCAAGCCACAUCCGGAUCAGCCCAAAGCGACAGCACUCUAGAUACUUGUAUCGCUAGAAAGUGUAGAACUUUCGGAAGCCAAAAACCCAUAUAAACGACAGGAUAUCGCCAAAGAGGCAAAAGGGUUUAAAAAUCGCGGCCACCAAAUGCAAGAUGGUUCCGGACCAACCAGUAAAAAUGCAGUCUGGGCCGCCGUUACCUUCGCAAAAAAGUACUAUAGCCGGACAGACUGCGGACAGUUUUGCAACUGUUCCGUCCACGCACUCGUACGGCGGCAUCCCGACUUCGUCCGGCACCAGCUACGUUUCUAUUGGAAUCUUGCCAGGGUUGGGCAGUAUACCGACCGCCACGAGCGGGACGCUGCCAUUGCUUCUGCCUACAACGAGUCCUUCGACCACAACCUUCAAAACGACCCCCUUGCUGCCGAUGCCGUCGUUGGAAGACAUCGAGGUGGCCAACCAGAUUCAGACACAGAUUCAGACACAGAGCCAGCACCAAGGCCAAGCACUAGUGCAGCAGCAGCAGCAGCAGCAUCAACAGCAGCAGCAGCAGCACCAGCAGCAGCAUCAGCAGCAGCAGCAGCCGCCCGCGGGAAUCCUUAAAUACCCAAACCCCCUUCCACCCCCCAGCGUCAACUAUAUCGGAGAGCUAAUGCCACUCCCACUCCCAAUCCCACCCACCAGCACCCCCACCCCCACCACAACGAUGAGCAGCGGCAACUGUGGGACCCUCAAGAGUACCGCCAAGCUGCUGCCCCUCCAGUUGAUGGCCUCCGCCGGACCACCGCCCAACCAUCCACCAUCGAUGUCGCUGCCACCAGCCUCAGCAGCAGCCUCGAUCCAGGCGCAGGCCCAGGCCCAAGCCCAGGCCCAGGCGCAGGCGCAACAACAGCAGCAGCAGCGUCAUCGGAGGCGCCACGGCUGGUGCGGCUGCUUUGGAUCGGGUGGCCGCAACACCAGACCAGUCGAGAAGACAACACCGCCUCCGCCGGGCUAUACCACCAAGUCGAAGAAGCGCAAGCCCAAGUCGCAGACAGUCUGGUCGGCGCUGCUCACCAAUCUGGGCAUCUGCAUGCUCCUUCUGGCCUACACAUUGUUGGGCUCCUUCAUAUUUCUUACCAUCGAGAACGAGGACUCGGCGCUGCUGCAUCAGCAGCACACACUGGCAAGCACCAAGCGUAAUCUGGCGGGGAUUGGGACUGGCAGUGCUAUAGGGAAUGGCAUUUAUCAGCAGCAGCAGCAGUCGCCACACCAGCAAAGGUCGCCGCAGAUGCACCACCAGCAGCAGCAGCAGCAGCAGCAGAAACAGAAGUUGCAGAAACAGCAGCAGCAGCAGCAGGCAGGACAACGACAUCAUCGACCAGGACAACACACUGUGGACAAUGACACGGUGGCGGCAGCAGUGGCUGCCGCCCAGGGAUUGCUGCCAGGACAUGGCGGUGGUACCUCCUCCUAUGGCAUGGCCCCACAGGGAGCGUCAUCGAAUGACUUUGUUUAUGGCGUGGAUGUGGCAGACGAGGCAGAAAUGCAGGAGAAUGCUGGAGGAAUGCCGCAGUUUGGACUCGGACUCGGACUGGGAAUCUCGCCGGACACUUACGAUGUGAGGCAGCGGACCAUUGAGAAUAUCUGGGACAUAACCGUAUCGCUCAAUAUACUCUACAAGGAGAACUGGACAAAAUUGGCAGCACUGGAAAUAGCCAAGUUUCAGGACCAAUUAAUCAAGAGACUGAACGAGGAUGUUAUGCUGCAAUUAUCACACGAGGAUAUGGCCAACGCAGGCGUCGGGGCCGGUGGCGCCUCCGGCAGCGGCAACAAUCCAGCCACGGAAGCCGUUCUACUUCACACCCACUUUUAUCAUCAUCGUGCCGCAGGCGGAGGAGUGGUUCCCGGCGGCACUGGUGGCCCUCCGCAUGAGUGGAAUUUUGCCAAAGCGUUUUUGUAUUCGCUGACCGUUUUGACCACAAUUGGCUAUGGCAACAUUGCGCCACGCACCACUCUGGGCAGGAUCGUGACUUUGGUUUACGCACUUUUCGGCAUUCCCUUGACCCUGGUAUAUUUGAGCAGCACCGGCAGCAUCCUGGCCAAGAUCGCCAGGGAGGUGUUCUCGAAGGCUCUGUGCUGCUGCCUGUGCUCGAACUGCGGCUACUGUUGCUACGACGAGAAGCGGAUGGCCGAGAAGGAGCGGCGCAUGCGGCGGAAGCGGCAGCAGGAGGAGCUACGCAAGCAGCAGGCGGCAAUGCAGGAACCAUACUACGUGAGGGAUGUCUACCAUACCACGCCGGAGAAGCAGGCGGAGGCAGAGGCCGCUGGGGGCGGUGCCCCGCCGGCGACGGUGGCCUCGGUGUCCAACUCUUCGGGCGGACUGUCGGGCAUUAGUGUUGGCGGUGUCGGUGGCGGCGGCGUUGCUGGCGGUCCCCCCACAUCCCUGCCGAACGACAUUGACUCGCUGAGCGCCAGCGAGUCGCGCGGCUCCAUGCACGGCCUGAGCAUCAUGGCCCCCAUCCUCCUCUGCUUCUCGAUGAUGAUCAUCUAUAUUGUGUUUGGUGCCGCGGUGCUGUACCGUCUGGAGAAUUGGCCCAUCGUCGAUGGCAUCUACUUCUGUUUCAUGAGCCUCUCUACCAUCGGAUUCGGAGACAUGCUGCCGGGACUGCGGCGGGAGUCGAACACCACCACCUGGUUCUGUUCGGUGUACAUCAUGUCCGGCAUGACCCUCACGGCCAUGUGCUUCAACGUCAUCCACGAGGAGAUUGUCCAUCGCAUUCGCAUUGUUGUCGACUUCAAGAAAACCGAUUUGGCUAACUCUAGCACCGGCUUGCCCCCAGGCGGACCUGUAAUCGUCGCUGGCGCUGGCUCCGGUGGCUCCAUGAUGGACCUGGGACCCGAUGACGCUGGCCAGUACUAUGUCCCGGCCUCCUCCUGACAUUACGAGAGACGGGCGCAUCUCUAUCAGCGCAAUCCCACCGAAGAGACCCUGGUAACAGACACACCCACAUCGCUAGUGCUGAAGGACUAUGUUAAUCACGAGCUGGUACCCAUCCUGACCAUGGACCCGAACGGGGCCCCACGAUUGGCCCCUGCCCCCGCCUAUACGCCCACGGUGACCUCCUGCGAGGUGACCACGCCCAGCAACAGCUGCAUCGCCCAUGGCAGCGACUCGGCCCUGGGCUACUCCUCACUGAACAGCCCGCUGCUGGACGUCCUCAAUACACCCACAACAUCACAGGCGGCCGCCUCGGGCGUGUACACCCUCACCGAGGAGACGGAGAUUGAGCUGCAAGAGACGCAGGUGGAUAGGAUCUAGAUCUAGCGAUCCGAGGGCCGCAAAGCCAACGAAAGAAAGUAUUAGACGAAAAUUCAGUAUUUUAGAGAGAGCGCGAGACACAGGUCCCUAGACAUAGUCUUAGACAUAGUCCCUGGGUUGAGAGAAUGUCGAUGUCGAAUGUAAAAUGUGUGUUGGACUAUUUUUUUGUUUUUUUUGGAUGUUUGUAUGUCUAAAUUUAUAAGGAAUUUCCCCCGUGUAAUUGGCAUCUAACGCUGGAACAGCGGAGAUCAUAGAUCAUAAGCAGAACUAUCAAUGUAUUGUAUAUAGGCAUUGGGUCGAAGGAAGAUACAUUUCCAUAGCUCCUAAGCAGAUGAUACUAAAAAAUACAAAAAUAAAAAAAAAUACAAAAAAUAACUAGUCAAUGUUAGGGGUACUGCAAAAAGGCCCAGGCAAAAACAAAAACAAAACCCAUAAACCAAUAAGAAUUAAGAUAAACGUUAUACUACAAGUAAAUACAAAAUCAGAUACAAUAGGAUUUGGCCAGAGGUGCUCUCUCAGUGUUUCAGAUCAUGAUUGCCCCGAUCCCGGUCUAAGCUUAUCCUUGGGUAUUCAAAUAUCAAUAUUAUGCAUUACAAGAAAAUAUCAUUUUCAUGGAAAAUUGAUACUGAACGAGUGUUGUUGAUAUUGUUAAACGAUCCAAACGAUACGCAAAUCUGAUCUGUGCACUGAUCUGAUCUGAUCUGUGAAUGGCAGAAGCAUAUAGUAGGUGGUUAAGUGCUUCAAAUUACAUAUUACUCGAACCUCUAUCUUAAAGAACAGAAGUUUGACCGAAUAGAUUCCAUUGUUGAUUGAAAAGUGAGAUGUGUCAAGCGUCUAGCAGUGGGAUCCGGCACCAAUCAAGGCUGCUGUCUGGUGGUUUGGCCAGUGCUCAAAACAAUCCCAUCACCCCAAAAAGCAGAGCAGAGCAACAGAGAUGGAGAGAAAGCACCCUCUCGCCCUCUCUCCUUCUUGCUCAUUCAAUCUUCGCUCUGGUGAAAGCUUUCCCCGAACAUUUCCAACUGCAAUUAAAUAUAGUAUAUAAAUAUAUACAUAGGUAUGAUUAAUAGAGAAAUUCGUCUUUUAUAUGUAUGUAUGUAUGUACUCGUAAGCAGAAACACACAAUUACAUAUAUGCAAUCUCCAGAACAGAACCCAUACAUAUACAUAUACCUAAUCGACAAAAAAAAAAACAAAAGGCCCACACACAUAUUUUAUACGUAACUCAAGCUUAGUAAAAUUAAAUAAAUAAAUGUACUAAAUACGAUAUAAAUAUACAAAAUAUAUAUAUAUACAUAUAUGUAUAUAUAUAAUAAUUAUAUCUAUGGGUAAAUGGACGAUUUUUUUUUUUGUAAUUGCAAUAAGCAGAAACCCAAAUGAAAGUAAAGUAAAGAAAACAAGUAAACUAUGCAUACAUAUUAUCAGUGGAUUUAAAUUCAUAAAUUUAAAUAAAAAUAAACGUUUAAAAACUACAACAGAAAUUAUAGUAAACCAAGUCAUACAGAAAUGGAAAACAAAAAACAGAAAACUUGAAAAACUUUGUAAAUGUUUAAGUAAAUGUAUAUUUGUGACAACUACAGCAGCAAAAUAAACUCAAUAAAAAGCGUUAA